GUGGCAUUGUUCCAGUCACAAUGAUUGAGGUGGUUUGUAAUGACUGUCUGGGGAAGAAAGUGUGCGUCAAGUGCAACACCGAUGACACCAUCGGGGACUUGAAGAAACUGAUCGCAGCCCAGACUGGCACUUGGAAUAAGAUGGUGCUGAAGAAGUGGUACACAAUUUUUAAGGACCACGUGUCUCUGGGAGACUAUGAAAUCCACAAUGGGAUGAACCUGGAGCUUUAUUACUAGUAGAGUUCAUUCCCCCAACCCACCCUUCUCCCCCAAUCCUGCCCUC